AUGAGAUAUCUGGUCGUUCUGGGCCUUAUCUUGAUCAGCACCGUGCUUUUCACAUCGGCUGGCAAGAAAUACAAAUGUGGUCCCAUUGUUAAGAAACACAACUGCGAGUGCAAAGCCAAAUCAGCGGGCCAAUUGAAACUUGAAGAUGGGAAAUUGCUGAUGUGUGAUGGCAGUGAAUAUAAACCUCUGCAGUUUGAAAUGCCUACUCCCAAAAAUUCAAGGGCGAAUCCAGCUUAUUCGUGUAAGGAAAUCAUGGAGGAAGACGCCGCAGCCGACGAUGGAAUUUACUGGCUUACGUUCAAGAGUAAGAUCAAAAAUAUUUUUAACUUUAAUUUCUGCAAGCUUUUUAAGUAAACUCUCUUUGUUAUGUAGAGAGGGCGAAUGGUAAAAUUCAAGUAUCGUCAAAACGCCCUGACCUCGGUUUGAAAGUUCGAGAAUAAAUAAUGUUGGCUGAACAACUUUUCAUCGUUUAAUAACCUCGACCCACUCAGAAAUAUUUUUCACGUAUUAUAAAUCGCUGUUUAGAUUGUCAGACCUCUCUUUCGAGUUUGUCUUGGCAAUAGAUCUCUGAUUAAAAAUUGCAAUAUUUUCCAACGGCAUGGAUGGUAUAGAGACUUUCCACAUCCACAACCAUAACCCUAAAAAACUUCAGCUUCCCUGUGAAACUUUGAGCCUCAUCGCAAAGGUUGACGCGAUUUCACGUCUGGAUAAAACAUUUGCAAGACCCAAGACCGAUCAAGUUUCUAGGUAACAUUCGCCACAGUUGUACCAAUGGCUUAUCAUAGGUCUAUCCUCGCUUGGAACAAAUUUGCCAACGGACGCUCACUGAAAGGGUGAAUUCAUUUCACAAUUUUGAACGCAGGAGUUUCACCUUUGAUUGUUUCUGAUUGAUUAAAAACUCUUUGUUUUACAAUUCAUCCUUCAAACAGUGGGGUGUAAGUACAAUAUAAGUUUUAAAUCAGUUAGGAAUGAAGCUCACCAGCGGUACCAAGUUUUUAUAAAAUUUUCGUUUCAUAUCCAGGUGAUCCCAGUGUUUUUCCAGUUUACUGUGACAUGUCUAAUGGAGGUGAGUUUAAAAUUAGUUUGAGUUUAGCUUGAUUUGAUCAAAAGAAGAGUGUCAUGUCCUGACACUUGAGCAUCUGUUUCAAGCCUUUAGACGAUUUUGCAUUUCUACAGUUUGCUAGUGCUUCUUUCACACUCCUUUUCUUUUAUUUUAAAAAUAACGAUCUUGCAGUUUGCGUUGUAAGGUCAAACUGAUGUUUUAACAUCUGGAAAAUUUUCUUCAUUUCUUCAGCGUUAUUCCUUAUGAUUGAGGGUAGAACACAAUAUUGAAAUGUUGCUAAAUAGGCAAUUACAUUCCUUAAUGGGAUUCUGCGGGCAAGCUUCUGGCAUGACAGGUUAUGGUAUGCAAGUUAUACGGUCUUCAAAAAAAAUCUUUAGGAGUAUUAAAAAAAAGAAAAACCUAAUUAUAAAAAAUGCUUUAUAUCGAGGUAAGAACAGAAGGAGAAUAGUUCUUAGGAAGCACUGGUCGGCAAUUCAAUUUGUUUGUUAAAAAUGAAAAAAUAGCAUUUUCAUUUUGUUACUGUGUAAUUUGGGUUUGUUACCGUGGUACUGAAAUACCCAUGACUGUAAUAUGUAGACUAAUUUCAUUUAUUGCCUGUUCUCCUGUUUUCACAAGGAUGGACCAUGAUAUUCAAGGCGGUGUCCGGGGCGAAGGAAAGUGCUUUCAACACUUUCAAUUCGGGUGAAACUCUCGCUGAGAAUGACAUGAGCGCUCUCGACGUCACUAACCAGCACCUUGGCGACUACAAAAGCAGGAUAAUCCUGAAGUGGGCUGAGUUUGCUGCAUCUGAGGUAACAAGGGUGUUAGUAACGUUAAAUGUGAGGGCCAUAAGACACCUUGAGGUGCAUAGGUCUGUCAUGUACCCGUUGGGUGAUAAAAGUCAGUUGUAAGAGGAGCGCUUCUCUAGCUUCUCGCACACGUCUCACAUGCAGGCAGAGGUACUCAUGACAUGGUAUGACACGCACCGGAAAUCACGAUGAACCGGAUUAAACUCAGCCGUAACGGUAGCCAAACAAGAUAUAAUUUACACAGGGUUCAUUGGGCAGAAGUUCUUUAAAGGAAACUAGGAGCGAUAAUUAUCUAUUCUGCGUUUACAGGCCAAAGUUGUCCUUUACGAAGACGGGAGCGCUGUUAAGAAGCUUUUCUUCGACGCCACGGGAACGAACAAAUUGAACUGGUUUUCAAAGGACAAAUUGAAGGAGCCCUUGCCAUGGGAAAAUGUGAAAUCAGAGGAACAGAACUCCUUUUCCAUCCAAGGAUUGACCAAUCGGAACUUCUUCAUUAACAGGAAUUAUGGUGGCUGCCAUGUUGAUGCCGGCUGGCUGUGUAUUACCUCAACUCCUUGUGAAUGGGAAAAGCGUUAUGGAGUAAACGCUGUGUUGUACAGCACGUUGGCUACACACACCAACUGGAACACUGAAGGUGAGUAUAUUGACGUUACGAAUUAA